AUUAUUUUUGUUUAUAAAGGUCUUUCUUUUAGGGUCAAUGUAUCUACUUUCAAGUUUCAACCCAAUCUGCACAGUGCUCUCCCAUGUCGAUUUCUGGUAUACAGGGCCAGCUUCUUGAGGUUACAGUGGUUGGAUGCAAUAAAUUGAAGGACACAGAAUGGAUUUCAAGGCAAGAUCCAUAUGUUUGCGUCGAAUAUGGUAGCACCAAGUUCCGAACAAGAACCUGUACAGAUGGUGGCAAGAACCCUACAUUUCAAGAGAAAUUUGUGUUUACAUUAAUCGAAGGCCUUCGCGAGGUGAAUGCUGUGGUUUGGAAUAGCAAUACCCUCACUUAUGACGACUUUAUUGGCAGCGGAAAGAUUCAAUUGCAGAAGGUUCUUUCCCAGGGAUACGAUGAUACUGCUUGGCCCCUUCAGACUAAGACUGGCAGACAUGCAGGAGAGGUUCGACUGAUAUUGCACUAUGCAAAUGCCAGAAAACCAGAAACAAGCUUUGUACCAUCAGCACCACAGUAUGUAGCACCUCCUGCGCCCCAAGUCUCUCUAUACUCUGCUCCUCCACCAGUGACUGCAGGUCCUUAUCCAUCAGCGGCUGCAGCCUAUCCAGCGACAUUUCCCUACCCUUCAUACCCACCAAAUUCAGGAGCAUAUCCAACAUCGUCAUACCCUCCUCCCCCUCAGCCUUCAGCUUAUCCUCCACAGCCGUACCCACCACAUUCAGCUUAUCCCCCAGCACCAUACCCACCACCAUCAGGUUAUCCUCCACCUCCACAAGCCUCACCAUAUCAUCCUCCAGGUCAUUACCCUGGAUUGUAUCCUCCACCAUACUGAGCUAAAUGCAUGUCCAAGUGAAGAGCAGGAAUGGGUCAGCACCUUCAUGUAUAACUGUGUAAUUGUUAUUCAGUAGUUGUGAUGACACAGGAUUUCAGUGCUUGUGAUGACAUUUUCCUGGGUUCUCUCUCUAAUGUCAAAGAUUUCAGUGGUUAUGAUAAGAAAUUCCUAGGCUCGCUGCUUCAAGUGUUGAUAACAAUUUGCAUAUCAUUUUGUGGUCUUUCUUUCCCCUUAUACUUUUAGGGCUCCUUGUUCAGCAUGUUACACUGCCUAAACAUUUUUUAAGCAUCAGCUUGAGAUUA